AGCAAUGUAAUUCAGGCACUCGAGCGACUGGCUGCCAAAAGAACCACUUGUACAUGCUUCCCGUGUCUCAAAGAUGGAGCAAGUACGGGCAGCCAGGAGAACACAGCUUCUGGAGCAGGGACCGUGACUUUUUAAAUCCCGAGUGUGAGAACUGGCGAUCAAGGCCAACUAGAAGCAGUCAAGAAUCUUGGAAGUCAAAUGGGAAUGACCAAACCUUCGGCAAAGUCGGGCCUACAAUCGAGAUGGACAAUCCAACGUCUAGAUUGGACACUCGCUGGUUAACUGAACCUGAGGAUUUCUAUGACACUAUCGAUAAGAACACUAAAUUAAAAAAGCUGGGUUACUGGGCGAUGGAGUGUCCACGGGAUAACCUUGACGCUCUAUGGAUUAAGGCUCGCAAGCUUUUCCGAGAUGGGGAUCUUCCUGAAGAAAUUGUGUGCGUGGAAGCAUCAACCAAACUACACUUCUACCAUAACAAUGGCUCGGGAUGUCUCAAGUUUCGAUGUUCCAUAAAAGGAGAACAAGAGUCAAUGCUUGUGGGUAAACGCGUUGCUCAGAGCAUGGACUUAUCGAAUGGUAACGGAAAAAUGUACUUCAAAAUCGGGAAUAAAACAUUGUUUAGAUUCACUAUGAAUGAAUUAGGUCAAUAUUAAUUACGAACUCACUCGAAUGUUGGCUUUUACUCUUUCGUUUAACGCGUGUAAUGACUUGUGUUCGUAUGUUUGUCCGAUUCAAAAUCAUAAUUAAUGCAGUCGCAUUUUUUAUCGCUGUUGUUCGUUAUUCUGUGUGGUAACAUUUGCAUUUUAAUCAUGGAACAUAUAUUGUGUGAUUGUGAUUUUUUGAUGUGCAUUUGAAAGAAUCUAAAAGGCGAAAAGAAUAAACCUACCCGAAACUUAGAAAGACGAUUUCUUCGUCAUUUUUGUGUAACAAACGAAAUAUUGCAGACAACAACUUUGGUAAAAAGGUUAAAUAAAUAAGGAUAUGGACUCGAUGUCUGCCACGGAGGCGCCGUCGGCCAGUCUGAGGAUGAGAACCAUUACAUGUUAGCGGUUGUUGAGAGCUCGGCAGUUAUUUGGUGUUCAUUUUUGUGAACGGCGGUAACCGAUUUUCAGCAUUGAAAAUUGGCAGAGAGCUUUGAAUGCAUACAAUUUUUCAAACUAAAACUAUAAUUAUUUUUUUUAUCAACUUGCCAACAGUUGUAGCUAUCAAUAUGUCAUUUGUUUCACUCGGGUUGAAUUAUGUCAUAUAAUAAUAUGCUUUUCAAUGACAUUUUUCAUGAAGUUAUUAAAAUAAUAAUUGGGUAUACCAAUUACAAUAUAUCAGAUUCGUACGAUAGGAGCGUUCCUUAUCUGCAGAUAAACAAUUGAUAAACGUUAUUAGUUGGAAAGGAAAUGCCACGUCUUCCAUAUUAUCUCCUAAAACGUAUUAUCAACGAAGCAAUCGGAGCCUCAAUGAUCCGGUCGCGCAUACUUGAAAUUUCGAUACUUCUACAUUGGGUAAAAAAUCCCCCAACAAAUCUGGAUAAUUAUUGUUAGGGGUAGAAGUGAACUCUUAGAAUUUGCGUCACCCAGCUUCAAAUUUCUCCAAGUUCAAUAUUCGAAGCUGCAAAAAUUCUUAACGCAUCGUUUAGCAAUCCUUGACGCUCUUCAUAGUGCAUGUAGAGGUUUAUCUCUGUGCUCACAGUCGAUACUUUUAAACUCGUCCCGUUGUUUGGCCUCCCUGCUAGUAUAGGCUGUCAAUUACGAUGAAAUGAGAUGUAGUUAUAGUUAAUAGUUAGAGUUCAGAAGUCAUCGUUAUUCCCGGUCGUGUUUUACGCAAUAGUGUAUGCAAUGCUAUGUUCUUAUGUGUGCAAUAUUCGAAUAAAUCUUCCUUGUAGGGAUAAAUUUUUGGCAGGUAAAGCAACAUGUCUUAAUUAUCUUCCUGAAACAUAAC